AUGGCCCUCCGCGUCGAUGAUAGUCUCACAGAAUCUCUUUCUACUAAAAAUCUAUAUCAUGAAAAUUUUUGUAUUUCAAAGUCCUUGCCGAGCCAGUUGUCUGCGAAUCUUUCUCUGGAAAUGACUACAAAUGAUUUAAAUACCAUUCCAGUAAUAUCAAAUGGAGUUGCCGCCUCUGGAUGCGCUAUUAAGAACUCCUCGGAUGUGUUGGAUAUAGAAAAUAGCCAAAAAUGCUCGGAAACUGAUUGCAGUGUUUUCAAUGGAUUUUCUAUCCAGUCAUCGAUAUCAGAUUUUCCUCAGCCUGUGUGCCUCACUCAUUCUUCUGUUCUCUCCUACGAUACGCGACUUCAGGAAACCCAUUUUAGUCAAGAGUAUGAUGAAAAAUCACGUGUUCCUGAUCCCUCUUCCUUUCUUCUUCCAAUAGAGGCUCCAAUAUCUCCUGGAAAUGUGUGUAUUACUUGUAAUGAUGCUCCUACCCUCGUCAAUGGUAGAAAUAAGUCUGUUUCUGAGGUCGAUUCCAAAUCUGGAUUUAUUAAAGUGCUUACUUCUUCCCUUAGUGAUUCGGAUAAACCUAUGGGGGUUGAGACAAUCAUCGAGGGCUUUUCUAUACUGGCUUUUGGUACAAAACAUGAACUAAUGGUAAGUAUAUUAGUGUGGUUUUAA